CUCCCGUCCGUCUCCUCCCCUCCUCUGCCGCUUGCUUCCGUCACCAGCACGCCGUACUCUUCCACCUUUCCCCUCCCUCCCUUCCUUCCUCGCGUCCGUCGUUUCUUUUCCUCCGUCUGCCCGUCGGCGUCAUCCUCGGCACCCGAAUCCCGCAACCAAAUUUCGAACUCGCCACCGGCCAAAAAAGGAUUCCACUUCCACGGGAUCGAAAGCAACAGCCUCGAUCCAUACAUCCACCCAGCUUUUCUCAAAGCGCAAGGGGGUUAAAACCCUAGCUGGAUUGGGCGGAGGGGCCCUUCCGCCAUUUGUCCGCUGCUAGAGUAGUUGCGUGCUCCAGAGGCUUCCAGUCAGUUCGUGUUCGUGGGGCGGCGGCGGCGGAUUGCGUGGGGAGCCCGGCUCUCCGGCGAUCCUGGGAGCCGCGCAUGAGAGUUCCGCAGAUGACAAGGGUCAUCCAUGACUCGGGAGAAGGCAUGCAGAAAGGAGUUGCACUUGACAUUGUAUCGUCUGAUGUUAACUUCCCCAAGGGCCACUUUCCGGACUACAGGAUUGGGCCAAACAACCAAAUCAUUGACCCAGAGGAGACGCACGAGGUUGUGCCUUUGAAGGAGAUUGUUGCGAAAGAAACAACACAACUGCUAGAGCAGCGAAAGCGGCUGUCAGUGCGUGAUCUCAGGGAGAAGUUUGAGAAGGGUCUGUCUGGUGCCUCCAAGUUGUCUGAAGAGGCUAAGCGGCGAGAAGCAGCUUCACUGGACAGGCAGGUUCUUCUGAAGAAGCUCAGAGAUGUUCUAGACACGCUGAAAGGCCGUGUGGCUGGUCGAAACAGAGAUGAUGCUGAUGAAGCUAUCUCGCUGGUGGAAGCACUAGCAGUUCAACUUACUCAAAGAGAAGGUGAAUUAAUUUAUGAGAAGGCUGAAGUAAAAAAGUUGGCUAGCUUCCUCAAGCAGGCUACUGAAGAUGCCCGAAAGGUAGCUGAAGAGGAAAGAGCUCUUGCACUCGCUGAAAUUGAAAAAUCUAGAGCUGCAAUAGAAAAAGUUGAGAAAGCGUUGCAGGAGCAGGAUUCAGCAUCAAGUAGCAGAGAGAAGGAGGAGAUAGAGGAACUUAGGAAAGAGAUUCGAGAGGCUAGACGAAUAAAAAUGCUACACCAGCCAAGCAAGGUAAUGGACAUGCAGUUUGAGCUUCAGGGACUGCGUACACUCAUAUCCGAAAAAACACAGCUUUGCAAUCAGUUAAAGAAAGAGCUUGCCAUGAUCAAGAGGCUUGAGCAAGAUAGCUCUAAACUCUUUGAGCUUGAAGGUUCCGAUACUCUUGGAUCACAGUUCUGUAUUGUCCCUCGAGUUGAUGGUGCUCCAGACAUCUCAAGCUGUCCAGCUCAGUGGUACCGUGUAAUUUCUGGAGGCAACAGAGAGCUCAUAUCAGGUGCAACGAGACUUACUUAUGCUCCAGAGCCAUUUGAUGUUGGCCAAUUGUUGCAAGCAGAGAUAAUUUUGAAAGCAGAUAAAGUUACGGUUCAGACAGAUGGCCCUAUAAAUCAUGCUUCAGGAUUGGAACGUUAUGUGGAAUCUCUAAUGAAAAGGGCGGAUAUUGAGUUCAAUGUGGUAGUCACCCAAAUGAAUGGGAAUGACUACGCAUCAAAAUCCGUCCAUGUAUUUCAUAUUGGAAAGCUGAGAGUGAAGCUUCGGAAAGGAAGGUCUACAAAAGCAAGGGAGUCAUAUUCCACCACGAUGAAGUUGUGUGGAAGCCGAGGUGGUGGUAAUGCUGCGGCCUGUGCAGUCUUCUGGCAAACUAGGAAGGGCCUAUCCUACACUCUAGCUUUCGAGACGGACAGGGAUAGGAAUGCCGCGAUUAUGCUUGCUCGGAAAUUUGCUUCCAGUUGCAACGUUGUUCUCGCUGGACCAGGCGAUCAAGUCCACGGUGGCGGCUGAUAAAGUAACCGUGCCCGGUUUGACGGCGCUGCAUAUAUUAUUAGGUUGUGAAUUUGGGUGCUUGUGUAUUCAUAUUUGUGAGAGUAGGAGGUUGAUCAAGUCCAUGAGGUUUUCCCCUUUCGACACGUCCUGUGAAGGCAAUCUUUUUAUUUGCCUGCCUGCAGCUGUUAGCAAAUGCUCUAAAGAUGUGCAGCACACGCCGAUUGUAUCUUGUGUAUUUACAUAUUUGCAACAUUUGAGAGAGAAAAAGGAAGGAGGCUUUUUAGUGUAGUGCCCAGGGGAUUUCCUUGAGUUAUCAAGAAAUGUACAGAUGAGAGAACCUUUUCAUCUACUAUGUAAUUCUUGUCCUUGCCGCGAGUAUAAUUAAUGACUGAUGAUUUUUUGUUGGUA